CGUCGUAGACCCUGGACCCAACAGUAGACGCCAGCGUCGUACUUUCACUUCUUCUCCUCUGAUUGUAUCCAGUGCAAUUCGAGAUGAGGGUCCAAUCUAUCAUCAGAGCACAAUCGCUCGCCACCAGCAGCCUCCGUACUGCUGCUCGCACGGCUUCACGGACCCCUUCGCGAUGCGCGCUCUCCACCGCUGCGGCGUCGCGUACUCCCUUCACCGGCGGUCUGAAGACCGACACAUGGAUAAACAAUCAGCAAAGGAGAUGGCAGUCUGUUGCAGCACAAGUUCUGGCGCAAGCAAAAGAUGACCCGUCAACAUUGUCGCAAGACGACAUUGUCGCAAAUCUCGAUCCCGUCGAGUAUCAACGCCUUUCUCGAGUUCGCAACAUCGGUAUCGCAGCGCACAUCGACUCCGGAAAGACCACCGUCACCGAGCGUGUUCUCUUCUACACAGGCCGAAUCAAUGCCAUUCACGAAGUUCGAGGCAAAGAUGCUGUUGGCGCAAAGAUGGAUUCGAUGGACCUGGAGCGCGAGAAGGGUAUCACCAUUCAAUCUGCCGCGACGUUUUGUGAUUGGAUCAAGAAGGAUGAUGAAGGCAAGGACGAGAAAUACCACGUCAACUUGAUCGACACACCUGGACAUAUCGAUUUCACCAUUGAAGUCGAGCGAGCACUGCGAGUUCUCGAUGGAGCUGUCAUGAUUCUCUGCGCCGUCAGCGGUGUCCAGUCUCAGACCAUCACAGUCGACCGACAGAUGAAGCGCUACAACAUUCCUAGGUUGUCGUUUGUUAACAAGAUGGACCGCAUGGGCGCCAACCCGUGGAAGGCCGUUGAGCAGAUCAACCAGAAGUUGCGCAUUGCCGCAGCUGCUAUUCAAGUCCCUAUCGGGCGCGAAGAUGGCUUCUUGGGCGUUGUCGACCUCGUCAAGAUGCAGGCUCUCUACAGUGAGGGCGAGAAAGGAGAGAUCAUCAGGGCUACGAACGAGAUCCCGGCCGAUCUAAUCGACCUCUGCAAAGAGAAGAGGGCAACACUCAUCGAGACUCUGGCGGAUGUAGACGACGAGAUCGCCGAAAUCUUCCUGAUGGAAGAGACACCCACAGAGGCUCAGAUCAAGGCCGCGAUCCGUCGCGCGACCAUUUCCCUCAAGUUUACACCCGUACUUAUGGGCUCCGCGCUCGCCGACAAGUCAGUCCAGCCCAUGCUCGACGCUGUAUGCGACUACUUGCCCAACCCCUCUGAGGUCGAGAACAUGGCUUUGGACAAGAAGAGGGCUGAAGCGCCAGUCAAGCUGGUAUCGUACAAUGCGCUGCCUUUCGUCGGUCUUGCGUUCAAGCUUGAAGAGAGCAACUUCGGUCAGUUGACUUACAUUCGUGUCUACCAGGGUACACUGAGGAAGGGCAUGAAUGUGUUCAACGCGAGGUCAGACAAGAAGGUCAAGAUUCCCAAGAUUGUGCGCAUGCACUCCAACGAUAUGGAGGAAGUCCAGGAGAUUGGCGCUGGUGAAAUCUGCGCUGUGUUCGGUGUGGACUGCGCGUCUGGUGACACCUUCACCGACGGCGGUCUGGGAUACACCAUGACCUCCAUGUUCGUUCCUGAGCCUGUCAUCUCGUUGUCAAUCAAGCCCAAGCACACCAAGGAUACUCCCAACUUCAGUAAAGCCAUGAACCGCUUCACCCGUGAGGAUCCUACCUUCCGUAUCCACGUUGACCCCGAGUCCCAAGAGACCGUCAUCUCUGGUAUGGGCGAGUUGCACCUGGACAUCUACAUCGAACGCUUACGUCGUGAGUACCGCGUCGACUGCGAAACCGGCCAGCCUCAGGUCGCCUACCGCGAGACGCUCACGAAGCGUGUCAACUUCGACCACACAUUGAAGAAGCAGUCCGGUGGUUCUGGAGAUUUCGCGCGUAUCAUCGGAUGGAUGGAGCCCACCGACGAGCUUUCCGAGAACAAGUUCGAGACCCAGGUCACGGGUGACAACCUAUCUGAGAAGUUCCUGUACGCUUGCGAGAAGGGAUUCAACGGGUCCAUUAUCAAGGGUCCUCUGCUCGGUCACCGCGUUCUGGGUACAAGAAUGGUCAUCACCGACGGUGCUACCCACGCUGUCGAUUCCAGUGAAAUGGCCUUCAAGAAAGCGACCGCCCAGGCUUUCCGCAAGAACUUCGCAAUUGCUGCCCCUCAGGUUCUUGAGCCUUUGAUGAAGACUACGAUCACUGCGCCGUCCGAGUUCCAGGGUAACAUUAUCGGCCUGUUGAACAAGCGCAACGCCGUCAUCAUUGAUACCGAGACCGGCCCGGAGGAUUUCACCGUCUACGCCGACUGCUCGUUGCACAGCAUGUUUGGUUUCAGUUCGCUGCUGAGAGCCAGCACGCAAGGAAAGGGCGAGUUCAGCAUGGAGUUCAGCCACUACAGCCCUGCGCCGCCGCAGAUGCAGAAGGAGCUGAUUGCCAAGUACGAGAAGGAGAGGAAGGACAACGAAUAAGGAACUAAUAAGGACGAACUGUGAGAAGUGACUCCUUGAUUGGGGUCGCGAUUCUUCUUGUACUAUCGCCUUUGAGUCGAGACUCAAGGGCUAGGGCUUGCAUAUAGAUGGGCGCAUUUUGGAAAAUUCAGGUGUAGUAUAGCUGUACAUGUACGAUUGAUGUAUGUACCGUAGCGGAGACGAAUGAUAUCCCCUCCAU